CACAUUUUCCAAGAAUUGUUCGUUUUUUUUAACUAAGCAGAGAUAACACAAGUCAGGGUUACAUUCGAACCAGUUGAUUUAUGGUGAUCGAAUGCCAUUACAGUCGCAAGUAUCAUUACGUUCACUGCCAUCACGGUUCGUUGACUUGGCAGCGUUCGGAUGCCAAAACAUCAAUAACACUCAGUGUCCUUAUCCCAUAUAGCAAAGUAUUAUAUUUUUUAUCGAUGGAGCUUAAGGGUGUAACCUGUUAACCGCACUGGAAGAAUCACUUAUGGUUUCAAGGUGAAAUCAAUAGGAAAAAAAAAACAAAAACAAAAAACGAUACGUAACAUAAAUCAGAACAGAUCAGCACCGCUCCACUUGUUAUAUCGAAAACCCAUUUCCAAGAAGGUUAUAUCUUUCCUUAUUGGUAUACUUUAUAAGGACUUAAGCUGUACCAUUCCUUAUUUAAUUAACGAUUUCUCUACAGUUUCACGACAGCUGUAUAACUCUUUCUUUCUGAAUGUGCCGCAUUGAUCUCGACGUGGGAGUUGGUUUUCCCAAAACUGGGCGUGGUUAUGGAAACCAGCAACCUUUCUUUAAAAGCUUUUAAUAAUAGAUACAACGUUUUAGAAGCUUUCAAACAGCUUUUAGCACCUGCUAAUUCGUACGAAAUGUUCUUUCUUAUUAGUUGUUGUAUCUAACAACAGCCAUUAAAAAAGACAUAACACGUAUUAUAUGGCGAACUGAUUCCCGUGUUUUCUGUCAUCUUACGUCACAUGUUCUCUACUAAUAAAGGAAAAAGCGUCAACAUUUUUAGCCUUUAGUACAGAAGGCAAGAUGGUACCAGUUGGUGACUAUAGAUGAGAGCCUAUCCAAAUUUAACCUACAGCUUCUUUCCUUUUUAAAAUAAAUUGAACAACGACGUUUGGACGACUCCUCUAUACCUGUUCAAACGUAUGUGAAAUUGUCAUUUCUGAGAAUAAAACAAAUUUGGUGGCUGAUGAAAAAGUGAGUUAGAAGGGUUGAUAUCUAGGCUUGACAAGCAUCAUCGUUGUUUACUUGGGGCUGUGAUACCUUGGCUCAGAUAAUUUGUAAUUCAAUUUGAAAUUUAAGUUGUGCCACUUAUUAAAAAGAAACCAAGGAUACAAAAAAUAUUUUCUUCUGUCUGAAGAUACGAAAUUUUUAAUCGCGACGUAAAUUAAUUACUGGCGCCAAUAAUUCAAAUAUGGCCGAAAAUUUAUUAUUGCUUAAACACAUAAUAUUGGCAUUCCUCGUGUGCAGCAGCUUUUUGCAGAUUGUCAACAACUCGCCGAUCAGAAACGUGAGACCGACAAAGGGUAAAAAUCACCAAGCAGUCAUCAACCCUAACAUCAUGGUCCGCACCCAUGAAAAUCCUUGGAUUGAACAUUGGGAAAUUAAAAAACAACGGGCUAUCUCAUCCUGGAGUUACACAGACCCAGAGGCUUGGCAACAUUCAUUUCCAACAUGUGGCAGUAACCUUCAAUCGCCAAUCAACAUUGAGACGGCCUCUUUGAGAGCCUACCCGAAAUUUUACUUUGGUAAUUACGGAAACAUCGACCGGAUGACUGUUACCAAUAAUGGACACACAGUGUUGUUUAGCCUUCCCUCGAGCAUUCCGGCAGAGUCUAUACCCUUUAUUACCGGCGGCGGAUUAUCAAAUCGAUACAAUUUCGUUCAAUUUCACUUUCACUGGGGAAAUGAUUCAUCGCACGGCAGCGAGCAUCGCAUCAAAUCUAAAAAAUAUUCGGCUGAACUUCACUUGGUUCACUAUAAUACCAAAUACGGAUCGUUCUCCGAAGCGACGAAAUACGAUGAAGGUCUGGCCGUUUUGGGUGUUCUCAUUAAGGUAGGGAAAAAGAUUAAUUCAGCAUUCCGAGCUGUCGUUGAUCAGUUGAAUGAAGUUGACGAAGACGGUGACGAAACGACACUGGUAAAUCUGAUUUCAUUUAAAGAUUUAUUACCGUCUCGAACCACUACAUUCUUCCGCUAUUCCGGUUCUUUUACAACGCCCGGAUGUGAGGAAAUAAUUAUCUGGACUGUUUUUGAUGACUCCAUCACUAUCUCCGAGAGCCAGCUAUCGAAAUUUAGACUUUUAAAAGGAAGAGAUAGUUUAACUUUGGUAAAUAAUUACCGGCCCGUUCAGUCUUUGAGCGGACGCACCGUCACAUAUAGAUCUCAUUCCGGAUGUCAUAUUACGAUAAACUGGUCUCAUAUUUCCUCACCUAUCGUCGACAUAUAUCAAUAUAGCACCUGCGUAUUUUCUUUUUAUGCAAAUUCUUUCCUAACCAUUUUAGGUGUAAAUUUAUAACAGUGACGCAUUAUUUCAUUUUUAUAAACUGCAUAAAUAUUGAUGAAGCUAAAUAAAUCGAAAAUCUACUUGAUUGUCGACCCGAAAAAG